GUUAUAAGUCAGUAUGUAUGCAGGUAUUGUUUUGAAAUAAUCACUAUAAUAAGGUCCAAUGUCAUGUAAAUUAAAUUAGAACAGUCCUAGGUGCAUUUUAUUUGAAUAAUUAUUGAUGACAUUCAACAAGAUAAACCUAGGUAUUUAUUAGAUAUUUAAAAAGAAAGAAACAUGUAAUCUACCAAAAUGUCAAAUAAAUAAAAGAAAACCUGCAAAAUGUGAAUGCAGCAUAGAGAUUGUCUUUGUUCGGUUAUGUUUUGGAAUAGCAUCAACUCUCGAUAUUUCCUGCCUCUGCCUCUCUCUGGGGUCCAAGCGGUUCACUAUAAAUAUUAGUGUCUCGGCCAUUCCUGCCAUUGCCUCACCGUCAGCCGAGCCAAGGGGUCACACCCCCCACCACUUAUAUUUGUGAAAGUAUUGGAAGUUCGACUGAAAAUGAAGACCAGGACGUUGUUAUUAUGUAUUGCUGCGGCGCUGGCGUCAUCCGCACCGGUACCCGAGCCCGCGGCUCAGCCCCAGCACGUCGAGUACGACUACGAAUAUGAGUCGCCUGCCGCACCUGCGCAGCAGGCGCACACCGCUCAGGAACCCCAGGAGUCUGCCAGCCAUUAUGACGAGUACAUUCAGGACGUGAAGGCUGCGGCCAGCGGCGGCGGUGGUGGUGCUAAGAAAGGUUACAGUCGAGGCAGCGGUCUCCGAACGAUAGCCGUCGGCUCGGCCAACCAAGCCAAAACCGCACUGGGCAACCAAAACGCCGCUGGUCACCAGGCCGCUUACGUGGCCAAGAACACCCUGGCUCAGUCCGCUGCGCAAGCUAGCGCGACCGCUCAGGCUGCGCUUGCUGGCAAACAGGUGAUCCUAUCGGGCCUGGAGCAGCAAGUCCGUGACGCCAAGGUGGCCCUCCAGGGUGAAGAGAUGCAGCUGCAGCAGGCGAAGCGAGCAGCGCAGGCCGCGGCCCAGGCGGCACAGCAGGCUAUGCACCAAGUGAACGUGAUCCAGGCGGCAUUGAACGCUGCGCAGGCGACAUCGGAGAACGCCAACGAGGCGGCAUCUCAAGCGGCCGGCGAGCUCGGUGCACAGACCGCCAUGGUUGGCGCGGCGCGACAGAGGCUAGGCUCUCUCCAGGAGCAAUUGCACGGAGUCAGGAUCGACUUCGAGGCUACGCAGGCUGCGGCUAGGAAGGCGCAGGCUGCUGCCCAACAAGCGCAAGCGAACGCAGCGGAGGCGGCGGCGAAGGCCGCGGCGGCCGGGCUGAGCGCGGGCGCGGGCCACAAGGACGCGUCGCACGAAGGUACGAGCUACGAGGAGUACUCCCUGCCCGCGCAGGAGGCGCCGCAGGAGUACUAUAUCAACGUCCCGUCGAACUACAAGCACUAGUAGCUAAGCUUUAGUCCAGUCUGGGCUUGGUAUAUUUGUUUCUUAAUUUGGGUCAUUGGAAGUCCCUAAAACAAUCGCGUUAUACUUUGAAAUGCCACUAUACAUCAAAUUCAAUUAUUUAAUACCACCAAAAAUUUCAAUAUUAAUAAUUAGGAAAUGACGGCAAGUUUUAAUGAAAUAAUAAUGCUUAUAAAAGUUGUGCAACGAUUUUACGAUUAGUCUUUGCAUAUUAGGUAUAAGCAAGUCGGCAAAACUUAAAACGAUCGUCUUUCAAAUGUGGAUAAAACCAAAUGAAAUAAAAUAAAAAGAGAUCCAGGCACAUAAUUACCGACUUCCAAUGAUACAAAUUAUUCAAUAAAGUGAACCAAAUCCCAGAUAAAUUUAACAAGGUUAAAAUGAGAAUAGGAAGCCAUAAUUUAUUUAGACAUAGUUAUUAUGUUUAACUGAUUAAGUUAAUCUGUCCUUAGCUUCAGUCAUUUUGCUCUCAAGGAAUCCUAUUCUUAUUUUAACUACAUUAACAAAAUGUAAAUAAUAGGUUUUUCUACCUAGUUGUUCAAGUUUGAAUUUUUUACGAAACUUUUUUGUGAUAUACUUUUUACUUGAUUUUUAUAGCUUUUUUUAUAAAAUUUACUUAUUUAUUUACAGUAGACCAAAGUGAGGUUUUAUAUCAUCAAUUUUAUCAUGCAAAUGACAAUACAUGUACAAUAUAACUAUAACGUAAAUAACAUCUAUACUGACGCAAGUGAACUUUGGGAAAAAUAGUAUGAGUACGAUAAGAUGUCACUGCCACAAAUUUCUAUAACAAUAACACAUUCAUUUUGAGUUUGGCAGCAAAAUCCAAGAGUUACAUAUAACAAAGUAUUUCAAAUUUGUACAAGGUUGACCGUCGUAAGAAUAAGCCGACCAAAUCCAGUAGCGAAGUAAAUUUGACUUUUUAUAAUCCUUAUACUAUUUCGACCGUAAGAAACCGUAAUUAAGUGCGAUGUCCAAUUGCUGAAUGGUGGAAGCAAACAAAUGUAUAAUUGUUAAAUAAAAUAUUUUGUGAUAA